AGCGUCGUUGGUAAAUAAACUCAAGCAUGUUACGAGACCUCAUAACAUGGGUGUUGAAUACAUAUCUUGGCAAAUAUCUGGAGAAUCUGAACUCGGCCCAACUUUCGGUGGCACUGCUGUCGGGCGAGGUCGAGCUCGAGAAUAUACCCAUACGUAAGGAUGCCCUCCGCUCGUUUAAUCUGCCGGUGGAAGUCACUGCCGGCAGCAUUCGCAAAAUCAAGCUGCAGAUCCCGGUCCGCCAGUUUCGGACCUCGCCCUGGUGUAUUUCAAUCGAGGGACUAUUCUGCAUCAUUUGCCCAAAGAACCUGGACAACUGGGACUAUGAAAAGGAGAAGCAGCAAGACCUGGAAUACAAGCUGGCCGUGCUGGACACGGCCGAGGCUGGCUGGCGUUCGGAGAAGGGCAAGCAAAUGGAGUCCUACUACUUUUCCUCAUACAACAACUGGCUUAAGUACGGCACCAACAUGGCCACCAACAUCAUCGACAACAUCGAACUCAAAAUAUCAGACGUUCACUUUCGGUUUGAGGACAUUGUGGACACUGGCAAGAGCAAGAUAUGCACGGGUAUCAGGAUAGGAUCCCUGACCGCCCAGAGCUGCGACUGUGAUUGGACCAAUGGGUCCUACAAGAUGAACAACAGCGAGAUGAACUACAAGCUGGUGGAGCUCAAGGAGCUCUCCGUGUACUGGGAUCUGCUUCACGAUGACAUCAAGUGUCAGUCGUACUCAAACCAGGAGAUCCUCGAGAAGAUGCACUCCACCUGCGAGCUGCGGCCACAUAACUUUAUUAUAAAGCCCAUUUGUGCAACAGCUCGAUGGAAGCGCGACAAGUGCCAACAGGUGAUACGUACCAAAGACAAGCCCAGGGUCUCAUGCGAGCUCCUGGUGCCCGAAGUAGUGAUAGACAUAUCCAAAGUCCAGCGAGUGCAAAUGUUAGAUAAGCUCUCGGAAGUUCGCCACGUGCGGGAGGUGCGGCAGUACAGGCUAAGGCGACCCAAUUGCAGCGUGGCGUUUAGUCCGAGCCAAUGGUGGCAAUAUGCCGUCGCCUGUCAUGGCUUUGACUUCAAACGCAAUGAGGAAAAGCGGUCCACGCUCAAGGAAAACCUUCGCUACAUGCUGCUCUACAAGACGAUCAUCCUAAAUCCUAAUGAGAAUCUGUCCAGCGACGACAAAGAGUUUAAAGCGUACAUCGAGAGCGACAGGAAGAUCUCAGACCUGACCAUUAUGAGGAGAAUAAGCUUUGAGAAGGUCUUCACCAAAGGCUUCUCUUUCGAGUCGCAGGACGUCAAGGGGAAAAAUAUGCUGUUCCAUUGGUUUCCAAACUGGAUGGGCUGGUAUGCCAACAGCCCUAGCACUCCUAAUGGUGAGCAAGAUGAGUCGCUGAAACACUUGGAAGAUGAUAUUUUGGUGGCUCUGGAAAACUCCCUUCAGAAUUCUUCAGAGCUCAAGAGCGAUGCUGUCUUCGGACACUUCUCCAUCAAACUGCUGAAGGGCCUGGUCAUCCUGCAGACGGAUGAGAAGCUAAGCGAUGAGCGGAGCAAGUCCAUGGAAAUGCAAUUUAAUAACUUUUCCGCUUACCUCCAAUUGAGCCCGCAAUUAACGUCCUACACGGUGGGCGUGUCAUUGCAUGAGAUCUAUUUGAUAGACAAAACCAGCCUGGAAACCAUGCACAAUUAUUUAAUUAAGCCGCAGACAGGGAAUGCCAACCAAAUAGCAAAGAGUGCCCCACUCGAGGAGGAUAUUCUGUUUCAGCUACAAUACGAAAAUUGUAACCACUUACGGUUUCAACUUAAUAUUAAAUCAAAGGGCUUAGAUCUUAUAUAUAACGAGGACGCGAUACAGUGGCUCUUGGAUUUUCUGGCCGACUCAAGCCCCGAGAUAUAUACGCCACGCGAUCGCGUCGAGAAGAAGACAGACUUUAUGAAGAAUUGGAAUCAAAUGUUCAGUGGCAAUGAGGUAAAUCGAAAGACUUGGAUGUUUGAAAUAGAAAUCUUUGCUCCCCGUAUAAUUUUCCUGGAAAACUACAAAGUUAGUAACUCAUUGAUGGUUUUGCUGGACUUUGGUAAGCUGGAAAUGAGGAAAAUGGAGGUUAAGCGAACGAUACCUGUGAUAGAAUCGGCUGUGACGGAUAAUAAUGCAAGCGAUGAUGAUGAAACCUACCUAACGCCGUGCUCAACGCCCCCGGCAUCGGAGAAAAGUGGCUCAGAGUCUCCGACACUGCUUGAAAAUUCCAAGCUAGAGGAGGGGUUUCUAAACAAGAAUGUUCAGCUGGAAUACGUUCUGCAUAAUAAGAUUUAUGAUAAGUAUCUUAUCAAUUUCACCAAUCUGCAAGUUCUGGUCUGCAAAUACGAGGAGAGAUGGCAGGCUUGCCUGAAAACCUCAUCGAAUUUUCACCUCAUUGAUAAGUUCAAUAUUAACUUAACCCUCGAGCAGAGGAACAUAUUCACCGUGGACCCAGAGUACCCUUCGUUCAUGCUAUUUGGCACCUGCCCCACGAUAUUGAUUCACGGCAACGAGGAGCUUAUCAACAAUUGCUGCAACAUCAUGAGACCCAUCAUAAAGGCCUCAAAGGAAAUGGAGAAUAUCUACAGAGGAGGCAAUACCAUAUACGCAAGCGAACGAAUCAAGAACCUGGCCGAGGAUGAUCGCAGUCGUGUGGUCAUUGAGUUCGUGAUGGACCAACUUGUGAUAGAAAUGCAGUCAACGGAUCGAAGUAUUGCUGAACUGCAAAUUAUUGGAGCACGAGCUGGUUUGACCAAAGAAUCAAACGAAACUAAUAUUUCGAUGUCAGUUCACGGACUACUCUUGGUGGAUGCCAUACAGUCCUUCGGUCCGGACUUUGAACUAUUGGUGGCCAGUCACCGGCAUGUCGGAAUGGAUAGUUUAUCUGGCAGCCUUAAGCAUAGUGCAGUUGUUUCGCCAACCUCACCUGGAUCACCAAAUUUUUUUGAUAGAGCUACUAGUCCGCACAUGAUUACAAAAGCAGUUCAAAAUAUUAAAAUGGGGGACAAGUCUGCAGAAUUCUGCGAGGAUGAGGACUCUCAGGCUCUUAUUUCUAUUGACAUUAAAAUUGUGCCGCCAAAUCAAAACAAUUCGGCACAACUACACACAACCAACAUUGCUUUCAAUAGCUUGGAUAUUAUAGCCAAUCAGGACACGAUUCUGGAAAUUUUAAACUUUGCAAAACGAACGUUUUUGACACAGAAUAUUUUCUCAAGUGAUACCGAAGAGCUCAGAAAACAAUCGCUGCUCGAAGAAGUACCGAAAGAAGACUUGGAUGAUGAUCAAGUUGAUCAGAAAACGCAUAAUGAGAUAUUUUUCGACUUCUUUCGCUUAAAUAUUCUAUUGUUGUAUACGAUCAAACGCGACAAAUUUAAUAUUGGCCGAAAAGUGGGAACGGUGACAUUAACGGAAGCCAAGAUCAAUGCAUCAUUUCAAUCGGAUCUGUCCAUUUUUGGCUCUCUCGGUGGAAUACAAGUGAUCGAUAUAACUCCAGAAGCCUUUUGCCACCCACGAAUUCUUUCUGUGGGCCGAGACACAAUCCUGAGGGCAUCCGACACCAACAAGCAAACGGUUCUGAGUCAACUUUCAAAUGAAAUCUACUCUAAUAAUUACAACGACGCGAAAAACGAUGAUGACAGCGAUGCAAUAAGCUUUCAAAGUCAUUGGAGUGACAAAACUACUUGCACUUUUCAAAUGCGAAUGGCCUCAGCUUCUUAUACUCAUUGUCCCAGGUUUUUGAGGGAUGUAAAUGCUUGUAUAACAUACUUUAAGAGGAGUUUGCGCGAAUUUGCUACCUCGAUAGGUAAUAAAGCCACCGAUAUGGCUAAGGAAUUUGUGCAACAAGUAAGAGCAGUCGAGCAAACAGGACCAGUUCAUCCACAGCGCAAUCGCCAGGAUAAUUGGCUUGAUAUAAUAAUAAGCAGUCCAAUAAUUAUUCUACCAAUUUCCAACACAAGUACAAAUGUUUUAAUAGCAAAUUUGGGUAAAAUUAGUUGCACAAAUGCCGUCUCUAAGCAGAGCGACUCGGACGACUAUAAUGAAUCGUAUACGAUAGAAAUCAAGAACACAUAUGUUUAUUCAUUGAAUAUUGACGAACGCGAUUACAGUUUUAAUGUUCAUCCAGCGAAAAAUAAGGAUGCAAUUCCCAUAUUGCAUGACACAGCAAUCACACUACCCAUUUAUGCGGGAUAUAGUGAAGAUAAUGGGCAGGAAAAGCAAUUAAAUAGUAUAACGAUAAAAGGAAGUAUGGUUGAGGCUUUGAAAGUAUCACUUAACCGAAAGCAAUACGAGUUACUCUUAGAGUGCAUUCAAUACGCAACGAACUUUUCCAAUGGAUUAACAAGCGAUCCUGAAGACCUUGAUCAAAAUGGAGAUAGUGAACCCACUUCUAGUAUCGAUGACGAGCACAUUAUCAGCACGAUUAUACAGUUCUCGGUGCCGGUAUUCCAAAUAAACCUGCAAAAUGAAUACCACAACGAUCUGAUCAAUUUGACAUUCAAAGACUUUAACGUAAAGCACAUCGCCAGGGGCCACGACAAGGAUGUGGAAGUAAUGCUAAAGUCGGUCUUAAUGGAAGAUCUGAAGUCGGAUUUUACUUCACCGUUUAGAAAUAUGGUUACUUCGAUAGACCUCGAAAAGAGUAGCAAGAAAAACGAACUGACCUCGUCCUCCUGUCCCGACCUACCGAGCUCCUUUAAUUCCUUGAUAUCGCGAUCUAGUUCCGUGCCUUCCUGCUUCUACGAUUAUAUGCAGCUGAAGAACUUUAGCGGCGAGAGGAAACCGUCAACGUUCUGCAGAAGCAGUAAAAAGGAGUUGGGGAAACAGCCCAAGGAAAGCCAAACCUUGGUGACCUAUAAAUCCCAUACAGGGCGGUCUGCUCAAGACAGUAAACUGGAAAAGUCAAGUUCGGUUCAAUUUAAUUGCUUGAACCUGGCCAUUUGUGUGGAGCGCUGGUAUACGAUAUUCGACUUUUUCGGCUUGGUUUCCGCCGAUAACUUAAAUCAAAGCUAUACAGAAGAGAAGAAACUGGAAGAGACGCAUAUUGACGCGCUCUGCAGCAGAUUGAAAGUGUCCAUCAGAAGUUUUAACUUUACCCUGAUACGGAACGAGUCCCUUCUCUCCAGAGUGAAUGUGUCCAAUGCUGUAUUUGUGAUUCUUCAGGAUCACAGAUCGAAGAUAGUUGAGGGCUGCCUGGGAUCUGUGUCUGUUUACGAUCUAACCAAGUACGGGAAUAUUUACAAGCAAAAGUUUUUAACAAGUGGAACAGAAGCGCUUAAUUUCGUUUAUAAAAAAAAACUGGUGGAUUUGGAGGCACUAAAAACCUUGGACACCGACUCAACGCUGCGAAUUAACAUGGCUGCAGUGCAUUAUAUUCACACUAAAAGAUUUUCCACUGAAUUGCAUGUAUUUGUUAAAGAUCUGCUGCAAUUGCAAACGCCUGUGAUAAGAAAGCUAAAGAAACAAAGUGGCAGUGAGCAAAAUAUGCGUCCAUCGAAAAUGAAGCUUGUAAUUCAAGCGGACUCCCCCGUUAUUGUUCUCCCUGCUUGCUACAACAGAAACGAGGUAAUAAUCGCUUACCUUGGACAGUUUUCCCUAAAGAACAGCUUCCACUUGGCCACCGAUGAGAGUAUUAUAAGCAAAAUGACUGCACCUCCCGAUCCAAAUGAAAUCUUAGACGUUAUGCGCAUCGAUCUGGUCAACAUAAACCUAUUCUCCGGCGAAAGGAGCUCGAUGAAGGUGAAGGGUGAGCAGGAGAAGAAUCGAAUAGUAAUUGCUGACAUGAACUUUCUGAGACUGGGUCAACCAUUCUUCAACGAAUCGUGCUUUCUACAUCUGCAACUAGAGCGAAAUCUGUCGGCGGAAGGCAACCGCGUGUGUCCAGAUAUAAGUGUUCAAGGAACCUUUUCAAAGCUGAAUGGCAUGGUUAAUAUUCAGCAAUACAAGUUAAUCCGGAGCUUUUUAAACAAUAAUAUUGGCGAGCAAACGGACGACAUUUACAUGAAUUACCACAACAAUAGCUGCACCUCCAUUGAGCGACUCUCGACCAUCAGUCUUAUUCAAAAGAAGAUCGAGGUGCCUUCCAGAACGAUUUCUAUUCUAAUUUCGAUUCGUAUCCUGCUUGAAGACGUGUCUCUGUUGCUGGCCCUGAACACGUCGCAGAGUGCUGUCAUAGAACCCCUUGCCUGCAUCCACUUCCUAAAGUCAACGCUGGAAAUAGACCUGUUUAGCGAUGGCUCACAGGACAUCGACUUGAUAUCUAGCAACAUACUGAUUGUUGACGAACGGAAGGUGGAGUCUGGGGCGGGCAAUGAGAACAUGUUCAAGAACAUCCUGGAACCAUCGAAGAAGGAGGCGAGAAUCGAGAACUCUGUGCAGGUGGAAAUCCACUGCCGUAAGAAGGCGAACUUCAGCAAGUACACGAUAAUGCUCAAUAACAUGCGAGUUUUUGCACUCAUCACCUUCCUCGAUCAGUUGAAGUCGUACCUCCAGGAGGAUUCACCUGCACCACCCACAGUGGUUAAUAGUCAAGUAUCGCAGAAGCAGCAGAUCGAGAAUACCGCUUCCACAGAGUAUGUGGUUAACAUAACCGAUUCCGAAAUAAUAUUGGCCGAGGAAUGCAGUCGCCUGGACUCGAAUGCUAUUAUUUUGAAGAGCACGACGGUUAUUUGUUAUAAACCAAACAGUAGUUUGGUGCCCCUAUCCCUGGACAUAAAUCACCUGGAAAUAUUCUCCUGCACUUUGGACGCCGAGGAGGAGAGCGCUCUGUCCAUAAUCGAUCCCUUUACAUUGAACAUAGAGCUGCGGAGCAAUUGCCUCAACAUUCUCAUUCAAAAACCACUGAAUAUUCGUCUGUCAUAUGUGGAUGUCAAGCUGUUCUCGCGAAUGGUGCGGCUGUUGCCGACGCAGACAUCGCGGUCGAAGAAUGUCAUAUCGAAGGCCGACUCGGACCUGGAAAAGGUGGCCCCCCUGGUGGCGAUGGGCUUCGAGCUGUCCGACUGCCUAUACGCUAUGCAGGUCAACAGUUGGCGGAUUAACGAUGCGGCUCUUUGGCUAUCGCAGCAGAAGCAGACCACCUAUCGAAAUCCCGCCCUGGAAAUGAAGACCGCUGUGGUGGACGCCAAUCUCAUAUCGGUGUUCAUCAUUGACGAUUGCAUGGACGCUGAUGUGCCGCUGCUGGAGGUUUCGCUCUCGAAGUUCCUUUUAAACUACACGUUUAAGACCAAGGAUCCCAAUCCCAAGGAGUCGAAUGUCCAGCACUUUAGCCUAGGCAACAUAGACACGGAGGCCGCUGUCAACUAUUACAAUCGUCGGCUUAGCGGCUGGGAGCCAGUGGCUGAGACAUGGGAGUCGAACGUGAAAUGGAAGUAUACCAAGGGUCACCUGAACGAGAACAAGAAGCGCUUCGAAAUUGGAGUGUCCAGCAAACAAAUGCUUAAGCUGAAUGUCACCUCCACCUUUAUUGAACUCUUUCACAUGGUUCUGAAGAAUUGGACAAACGAUUUCAAUGAUAACGGAGCCAAGAACUUCAGGCAACGUUCUCCAUUCAUUCCCUUCGCCCUGCAAAACCUCACAGGAACACCACUGCUCUUCAAGCCGAUUUAUGCUCCCCUUGGGGACUUAACCUGUUCGGAUCUGCAGCAGUUCGAGCUGAUCAAGAACUGGAAUUCAGUGCAGCCCAACGAGACGAAGACAUUCGACUUUAGCCAAAAGAGUAAGCUGCGGCACGUCCACUCCCACCAAUUGAAUUUGCAUCAGAUUUUCGUGCAAAUCCACGGUUGGACUCUGAUAGGACCGAUUUCCAUAGACAAGGUGGGCAUGUUCUUCCGCACCACCAAUCUGGACACACAGUAUUCCACGAAGAGUAGGAUAGUCUUUGACAUAUCCCUGAUUGGAUCAGCUCAGAAGCUGAUCAAGGUUAAGUCCUCGCUGUUCAUAGCCAACAAGUUGGAUCGGAAUGUAUUCCUCAAGAUGUCGCUGAAGAGCACGCAGAGUGACGGACUAACGGCCAUCAGUGUAGUGAAGGCCAACGAUGAGCUAUCCCUACCGCUGAAAUUCAUCGAUGCCUCGUUGCAUGUGGCGCACAGUACGCAUAGUGAGAGCGAGUCCUACGAGGAGACGGGCUUCAGCAACGAGGAACUCUUGUGGAAGCUCUGCGGCAAGGACAACACCCGGCAGUUGCUCGUGAGCUACGAUCAAAACAAGAGUAUAUUGUACACACUGGUCAAUAUUAGCAGAAUUAUAUACCACGUGAAGGAGCAGACGUUGCCGGGCCAUCUUAUCACCUUGUUGCCUCCCCUGAAGAUCAACAAUAUGCUCUGCUGCGACUUGAUGUUUAAGAUUCAUGAGCAUGCCACCGGCAGGAUAAACUCAUCGGAGAGUGCCAACAUCUACAAUGUGAACAUCUAUCAGCCUCUGAACCUGAGCAUCACGCUGGACAACUUUCAACUCUCUGGACAACUUAAAGUGCCCAUGAGUCACACGGGUGUGGUGGAAACAAAACUGAAGUUGUUUGACAUCAAGAAGCGGGAGCUGCACCUUCGCAUCUCCAUUCAAUUUGUCAAGGGCAAAGGUAUGGAGAUUUACAUCAGUGCUCCGGUUUGGAUCAUCAACAAGACGGGACUUCCGCUGAUUUACAAGCAAGAGGGAACUAGUAACACGGCGGCAGGACAGUUUGAGGAGCACGAAACAGCUCGACAAGUGGCGCCAUUAAUGUUCUCGUUUUCCGACCAGGAAGGAUCGCCGGCGUUAGAGUUGCGACUAGGGAAAGCCUUCGGCUUGAAUAACACGUGGUGCAAAAGUUUCAGUACGCACAAGGACCUAACUCACCGGGAACUGCGAGCUGAGAACACCAAGGGUAGCUAUGCGAUCGGGAUCAGUGUGAGGCGUGGACGGGGUCUGUAUGCCAGCACCACUUUUGUGACGCUCUCUCCCAGAUUCCAUUUGCACAACCGAAGUGGUUACCGACUGGAGUUUAUGCAACUGUGUGACAUUGUCAACUAUGAUCGCCCGGACCCGCGUAAGAUCAUUUCAGCGCCGAUCGAUUGCAACUUUGCCUUUCAUUGGCCAAACUGGGAUCAGGAGCAGUUUAUUUGCGUACGCAUUCCGGAUGUAGAGUGUUGCUGCUGGUCGAAGGGAAUUCCCAUUAAUGAUGAUGUACAAAGUUUGUACAUCAAUGUGCGAAACGAGUGGGGAGAAAUGUUCUUUCUGCGACUGGAAAUCAUCUCCAAGGAUGCAACAUUUAUCCUGCUGUUUACCGACGCUCGGACACUACCGCCACCGAUUCGAAUUGAUAAUUGCUCAGAGGUAGUCAUCAAUUUCUCGCAGCUGCGUUCCAAGCCAGUUUGGAGUACGCCAGUUCGUCCGCAAUCAUCCUUGUCGUACGUCUUGGACGAUCCCUUGGGAUUGCAGGCCCUUCUUAUGGAGGCACCUGGUGGCAACAUGAUCGAAUUUCCCAUCAAUAACGUGAACAACAUAAAGAAGACGCUGACGUACACCAACUUCAUUUACAUAGCAUUUCACGGGACAUUUGAGCGAUCGACCAGUGAGGAGGAAAACAGCCCGCACAGACAUUUGGUGUUGGGAGUUCGCGGCCGUAAAGUUGUGAUUAUGGAAAAGAACUCGGGGGAUCGUUCUCAGCUAUGGCUCAUGAACUCAAACGGUCAGCUUGAGCACGAGGGAUCCACACCACCGAUACAAUCAAAUGAUGCCAAUGCAGUGCGUUUGGUACUAGACCUGGAGAAGCCCCCAAAUCCCAUGGAGUUUACAACAUUAGUUGUUCGAACACCCAAUAAGCAAAGGGUUACCACUCAGACAUGGAGGUUUGAAAACGGCCGGCUAAUGUGUCAUGCCAACAUGUGCGUUCAGUCCCGGUAUGAGACUGGCUUGAGACCCAACUGUGAAGCAUAUGUGGGCCGGACAGAGUGUAAUUCAACCAAUCAACAAUCUAUACCGAUUGGCCAGCACAUUGUAGCUCAAAAGCUGAGGCCAGGCUCCGGUCAAUUGGAACUGUCGACGAGAAUGGAUGGCCCCAUUUCUACAAUAGAAAUAUGUGAUAUUAAAAUUAAACAAAAUUCAGUAUUCCUCACUCCCGAUUUACUCUGGAUGCACGCCUCCCUCAACAAUAGACAAAUUACGGAUAAGGGAAAGAUAUCGAUCAUGCACGAAUAUCUGAUCAAUGUUGAACUCGUGAAAGGCAUAGGCAUUUCCAUAAUAACCCGAAAGCCUUGCGAGGAAAUCAUGUUUAUCAGCCUCGAUCACAUACACUGCGAUAUAUCACAAGGUGCAUUGGAGAAUUCCUUGGAUUUGAAUAUCUCCUACAUCCAAAUCGAUAACCAGUUGCUGGACGCUGUCAGUCAAGUAGCCUUGCAUACGCAAACCUCAUCCUCGGAUCACGAUCAACACAAAAACGCUGUUGUUCUCAAGCUGAAAAUGUUGCCGUGCCCCAAUAAGAACGCCAUCAUUUUCAAGUACUUAACCCUGGACUUAAAGCCAUGCACCGCAAACUUAGAUGAGAAGCUCAUACUGAAAGUGGCUUCGUUUCUGGGCUAUGGAAAAAUCAACAGGCAGAAUCUUAGUGUGCAAUAUCAAUUUGAAAACUUUGAGGACAAGCAGCCAAUUCUGCAGGAUAUGAAGAGAUACUACUUUGAAAAUUUAAGUAUUGGAGCUACGCAGGUACGACUUUCCGCCUUCACUUCCUCCAAGUUACCCGUUGAGCUGCAUGAAACGAAAAAAACCCUCGGACUCACUCUUAUUAAAUUCGAAGACGCCCUCAUUGAGUUGGAUAGAUAUUCGGAUAGGUUACAUUUCGAAACAUUGGACGUAUAUCUGAAGGAAAUGAAAAAGCACUACAUUAAUCAAGUCAAGUGGCAUGCGGCUGCGAUAUUGGGAAGUGUGGAUUUUCUGGGAAAUCCUCUCGGUUUCGCCAACGAUCUUUCCGAGGGCGUAUCUGGACUGAUUUUCGAGGGAUCCGUCAAGAGCCUAGUGAAGAACGUGACGCAUGGCAUAUCCAAUUCCACAGCAAAGCUCACGGAAACCCUAUCGGAUAGCCUGGGAAAAGUGGUGCUAAAUGACCACGACAAUGAGACCCGGCAACGGAUACUGGAACUGCAGUCUAACACGUCCGGCGGACACCUGGCAGCGGGUCUGAAGGGUCUCGGAUUUGGAUUGCUGGGCGGCGUAACGAGUAUUGUGAGGCACACCUACGAUGGAGCUUACGAUGGUGGCGUUCCUGGCUUCCUUAGUGGCCUGGGCAAGGGAUUGGUUGGCACAGUGACGAAACCGAUAAUAGGAGUGCUCGACUUGGCCUCAGAAACGGCCAGUGCGGUAAGAGAAACGAGUCGAGAUACUCAGAAAAACACUCCGGAUCGAAAGAGACUGCCCAGAUGUGUGACCGGUGCUCCUGGCGGGCUUCUACCCUUGUAUUCCAACCGGCAAAGCAAAGGACAACAGUAUCUAUACCUUAUCAAUCACAAGAACUUUUCGGAAAAGAUUAUAUCCUACGAGGCGAAUCUGUGGAGUGAUAAGGAGGCGAGACUGCGGCUGUUAGUUUCCACCGAAUUUGUACGAAUUUUUUCAUUAGUCGACGGCAACCCAACCAUUAUGCUUGAGUGUCAUCUCUGCGAGAUACUCUCGUGCCAUCCUCUGGUCACGAACGUGGGCACAACGCCAUCGACGAGCAGUAGGGCGACGUCGGCCGCGUGCCACUACAUCGAGAUAUCUACAAAUCUACCGAAAAUAACGAGACCAAGGAUACGAUGUCGGUCGGAAGAAUGCGCUGAGGCGGCAUCGAGAUGUAUAAACUACGCUAAAAGUGUCUUUGAUGAACGUGAACAUGCCGUUUUAUAAAAUGCAAUAAUCCGGUUCGUGAUAAUACAAAUAAACCUUUUUGACAAAAAAAACUUUUAACAAUUUAUUUUCUUUGG